UGCGCCACUAUUAAACCACCGAAGAAGACAGGUGGCUUGGAGGAACAAGGAAGUAAACCCGUGAAAUGACUAUGGCAGCUGAGCCGGUUCGGUGGAAUGUCUGUGUUGAAAUAUGUACAAACCAAUAGCUCGUUAAUGGAGGGGUUAGAGGACAGCGGUCGAGCAGCUGAAGAACAUGGCGGGACGGACAACGGGAGUGGGACAGAGUCCCCGGGGACAGUCCCACGCGGGCUCUGUCCCUCACGUCCCGGCCCGAGGAAGAAGCUGGUCCUGCACAUCGACCUCAACAACACCAUCCUGGUGUCGGACACCGUGACGGGACAGGGCCCGGCGGCCGCCCUGGAUUAUUUCCUCUCAACGGUCACCUGGGGGAAGAUGAGCAAACAAGGGAGGUGGGAGUGGCUGAGCGACUCAACAUCCCUGCUGCCACCUUGUGACAACGCUGUGAGUUACUACUCUCACUUUGGACGCACGCCGGGUUUCACCUCUGCCGCAGGGAAACGUUUCGGCGGGAUUCUGGAUGAGCAUCUGGCUCUGUUCCGCUGGCCCGCAGGCACCAAGGCGGACCGAGAGCUGUCUGUCAAAGGCGAGGGUGGACAACUGUACCACUGGAUCCUACCCUCCUUCUUCCAGCUGCUCAAAGACCUGACGCAGGAAGGGAGGGAGUUUGCCGUUGUUUUCCGUACGUUUGGAAGCGACCUGCCUCGUGUGCUGAGCGCUGUAUCCAGAGCGCUGAAUGAAGGGGCUCAUCCGCUGUUCCCCGAUCUGCCCGAUCUCAAGUUAAAUGUGAAUAUGACUCCAGGAAAGAUCCGCUGCAGCAAGAGGGGAGCCGCCCUGAGCCGCGGCGAGGAGCGCCAUUCGACUCGGGACGGAGACCGAGGCCUGUAUCAGUACUUGAGCUCAGUCCAGGGCCUGGGGGGCUUCCAGGACCACUUUGAAUGGUGGGCCAGUAAUACCUUCUCCAUCCGAGGGGGCAAGCCGCUGUGGGUGGACCCCUUUGACCAACAUGUUGAGCACAUCUUCAUCGACGACAACAUCCGACAGAACGACGAGGAUACCAUCGUUCAUCCCAAGGUGUUCUUGGACGCAGGUGGCACUGAGACUCGCACUGCCAGCACCUCUGAGCUCUAUGAUAUCACGCUGGUCCAAACCGACCUCCUCCGGGCCAUUUCUCAGCCAAGCUACUUCACUCAGCGUGUCCACAUCUGUCUGGAAAACUAUGAGAGGAAUCUCCAGCAGGGGGCACCCUAGUGCACAACUGUGUGUCUGCAUGACCUUAAGCACAACACCCCGACUCCAGCACAGAUGGAGGAUGCAGACACCGUAGGCUGUUGGUCUGAAAUUUUGUGUCAGGUAGCAUGUUUGGGGUAAGGUGAAAGCCUCGUGUUACUAGCCGCUAGAAUCCACCAGUUCAUUUUUUUAUUGCUCCUUUACUGCUUUUGUCAUCCUCAGGGUGUGACGCGUUGCCGUAGCUUUUCCACUUUUAGAUGAUUCUAACUUCCUUGUCUGCAUUGUCUCCAUCCACUUGGAACGGAGCGUUAAAACUUGAAGACUUCUCAUUGACUGGGAAAGUACCGCAUUACAGGAGAUUACUCUGUAACGAAAGUGCACUAUGAGCACAUUCUGAAGACAUUGCAUCAGAAGAGACUAAACUCAUGUGACUAUAUAUUUCAAUAUAAAUAACAACACUCUAUAUUAGAUCACUUAUUUCCUGACAUUGUCAGGUGUAAUAUCUGAGAUGCAUUAGUCUGAGCAGUUCAGUGUGUGUGUGUGUGUGUGUAGCUAUAUAUAUAUAUAUAUAUAUAUAUAUAUAUAUAUAUAUAUAUAUAUAUAUUAGUGUGGUGUGUGCAGUGAUAUCUAUAGAAAUACCAUCCAGCUAAACGUGGGUUUUGGAUGUGUUAUUUGCUAGUAGCACUUUAACGGUUUAGCGUUAUUUAAGACGGCAAGCCUCCGUUAUUUAAUUUACUCAUAAGCGACAGUGAUACCGUGUAUUCUAAAGAAGCAAUGUCGUUUGCAGAGUUUGGCAACAAUUUGGACAACAAUUUGUCUUGAGUAGCUUUGCAACACAAACCUUUCCUAAGCAAUGUAAACAUACUUUAGUACUGUGCAUUGGAGACUGAUCCACAUCACGUUACGAUGGAUUCUGAUGCUGCCACGCACAUGAUUCAUAAGGACACACUGCAUUUUAUUUUUCUAAUGGUAAAUAUUUCCAGUCACUGUUGAAUAAAUUGCUGUGUUUAUUCUUGAA